ACAAAAUCUUUUUUACUGCGUACAAUAUUUGAGUAUUUUUCAUGAGUACAAUCUAGCAAUCUUGCUAACUGAUACAAACGGAAAAAAAUAUGAAGUUAUGAAUGAUGAAAAACCUACCUCUACGUGUUAUCCUGGAACAUUUUGAUCAAAGUUCUGUUGUUGAGGAAUAAUUAAUUUAAUUACGGUUUAAAUUGUAUCCUUGGCCUAUAACUACGUAAAGUUCAAUUUAUGACGUUAUCUUCAUCAAGUAAGAACCAUACGAGUAAUUUUUAUCAAAGCUUCAUUGUAACAAAUGUGAAAUGAAGUUAACUGCUAACCAAGAUGAUGUAAUUUUACUUUAAUUUUGUGAAGGGAAAGAUGUAUUGAAGUGACUAAGUUACAGUGAAUGUGGUGUUUGUAUUGAUAUGGCAGAUUUGACUAGAUCAUCAUCAGAUUGUGAUAAAUAGGUAGUGAUGAGCUCAGCUGACCUGGUGGGUCUACCGGAGGUGGAGGCUCUGCAGCAGACCCUGGCCACCGCCGUGGGUAGGUUAAACGAGGAGAAAGAGCGCGCGCCGUGCAUAGCCCCGCGCGCCGCCAUGUGGGGCUCCGGGCGGCUGGUGCGCCUGGACGUGCUGAUGGCGUGCUGGGGGCUCGGCACGUGGCUCGGGGUCAACGGCCUGUACGUGCAGCUGCCCCUGCUGGUGGAGCGCCUGCCCGAGGGCUGGGCGCUGCCGGCCUCCAUGGCGCUGGCUGUGCAGCUCGCCAACGCCGGCCUGCUCAUAUACGCCUUGCUAAAGCGACUGCUACCGCGGGCGUCCGAUGCGCCGUUUAUCUACGCGCUGCUGCUCAUAGGCACCGCGGCGUUGACGCUAAACUCGUUCCUCUACACGGAGACAGUGACAGUGGCCGGGACAGAACGCUCCGUGGCGUUCCUAUCAUUGACGUUCUGUGCAGCGCUGGUGGGCUGCACCAGCUCGGUGUUAUUCUACCCGUACUUGAGGCACUUCCGCGACGUGUACCUGGCCACGUACCUGGCGGGCGAGGGGCUCAGCGGCUUCGUGCCGAGCCUCGUGGCGCUGGUGCAGGGCGUGGGCGGCGAGCCGGCCUGCGUGCCCUCCGCAGACAACUCCACGCUCGUGGCGGUCUACCCGCCGCCGCUGUUCGACUCCACCGUGUUUCUGUUAAUCCUCGGUGGUUUGUCGGCAGUUAGUUUAGUGAGUUUCUCGUUGGUGGACAAUUGCAAGGCGUUUGAGUCGGAGCGCGUGGCGACGUCAGCCGCCGCGAAGGACGAGGAAGCGUCGGCGGUGGUGUCGUGGCGCGCGCCGGGCUGGGCCGUGGCUAUGACCGCUAUGCUGUGUUUAAACGCGCUGAGCAACGGGGUGCUGCCGUCGGUGCAGUCGUAUUCCUGCAUGCCGUACGGCGCGGGCGCGUACCACCUGGCGGUGACGCUGGGCGCGAUGGCCAACCCGGCGGCGUGCCUGGCCGGCGUGUGGCUGCGCCCGCUGCCCGCGCGGCUGCUGGGCGCGCUGCUGGCCGCCGCCGCGCCGCCGCUCGCCUACAUCCUGGUGACGGCUGCCAUGAGCCCCGCGCCGCCGCUCAUCGGGCAGACCAUCGGAUCUAUCUUGGUGGUGACAUCAUGGGUGCUAACCUCCGCCAUAGUCUCCUACGCUCGCAUGUGGAUCUACGGGUGGGCGCGUCGAGGCGGCGCGCGGGGCAUGCGCACUUGCGGCGCCGUGACCCAGGUGGGGUCCACUCUGGGGUCUGCGCUGCUGUUCGCGCUGGUCAAUUAUACUGCCGUGUUUGUGCAGCCGCAGGCCUGCCCGUCCGUGCAUUAGCGGUAAUGGAUGAGGACUUGUGAGGGAUUUUCGACAGUGAAGGGGACUUCUGAAGAUGCUGUGAUUAGUGGUGUUUUCGCCUACUGUCUCGGAAAGUUGACGUAGCGAACGAC